GCUGGGAGUAACAUCAGAAUUCAGGGGGGACAUCCACACAGGAGGAGACCUUCCAGGAUGAUUGUGAAAAAAGCAUUAAAAACAUCCCUGAUGUUUGAUGAGUCCUCCAACAUGAAAUUAGGCGUGAACAAUCAAAAAGACGUCAAAACGUUUCAAAUCUUGGGGGCAAUUCUGACGCUUGGUCUGGUCCUGGUGGCUUUUUACUUCCUGAGCAUGGACAGCACAGCUGAUGGUAAUGGAGAAAAAGCCGCAAUUGUCAGCAUUUACAGAAAUGUGGAGGAGGAAGGACUGUACAGGGAUCUCCCAGAGGAAGAAGGACUCUAUGGGGAUCUCCCAGGAACCACCAACAGAUGCAAUGACUCCUGCAGCUUUGAACUUGUGGAAAAUGUUCCUUAUGACUUACCCUUCGAGAUAAACAGCACUGCAGCCAAACCCUUGUACCAAGCCUGGACAAAACUGCUUGAUCUAGCCCAAGAAAAAGUGUAUGUGGCUUCUUACUAUUGGUCUCUCACUGGGAAGGAUAUUUGUGUCAAUGACUCCUCUUCCAAGCAGGGUGAAGAUAUUCUGCAGAGGUUUGAGAGGUUACUUGCACAGAAUGUCUCUUUGUAUAUUGCAGCAAGCUCACCAACUCUGGCUACAAAAUCAAGGGACCUGGAGCUUUUAGAGGAAAAAGGGGCUCAUGUGAAAAAGAUUGAUUUUGGACAUUUGACAGGAGGAGUGCUGCAUAGCAAAUUUUGGAUAGUAGACAUGAAACACAUAUAUAUUGGUAGUGCAAACAUGGACUGGAGAUCUUUAUCUCAGGUGAAGGAGUUUGGUGCUGUGAUGUAUAACUGCAGCUGCUUGGCCCAAGACCUCUGGAAAACAUUUAGUACCUACUGGGAUGUUGGAUAUCCUAAUGCUACCAUCCCAGCCCCUUGGCCUCUUAAUUACUCAACCGACAUUAACAAACAUCAUCCUCUGGAAGUCGAAUUUAAUGGAAUCUUGACAAAAACCUAUUUUUCUGCUUCCCCUCCAGCAUUUUGCCCAGAAGGUCGCACCCAUGACCUCCAUGCUAUACUCAGUAUCAUCAGUCAGGCACAGGAGUUUGUCUAUGUUUCUGUUAUGGAAUAUUUCCCUACCAGCCGUUUUAUUCAGCCAAAAAGGUACUGGCCAGCCAUUGACAAUGCCCUGAGACGUGCAGCUUUCAACCACCGAGCGCGGGUCCGGCUCCUGGUCAGCUGCUGGGCCUACACCGACCCAGCCAUGCUGCACUACCUCAGGUCCCUGCGUGCCCUCGACAACCCACACGCCCACAUCAGCGUCGACGUGAAACUCUUCAUUGUUCCUGUUCUCAAUCACACAAACAUUCCUCAUGGGAGAGUGAAUCACAACAAAUACAUGGUCACUGAUAAAGUAGCCUACAUCGGGACUUCCAAUUGGUCAGAAAAUUACUUCACUGAUACAGCUGGUGUGGGACUAAUUAUCAAACAGAAUUCAACCAACCUGCAAAGAAGGCAACAACCUGUCCAGGAACAGAUGAAAGAUCUUUUUGAGCGAGACUGGAAUUCCCAAUAUGCGGUGAAUCUGGAAGAUGUGCAGGGACAGAAAGACUGUAAAUGGGAUUAGAUCUGAAGUGAAUUGAAAUGUGCACUUAAAAUAGAAACAAAAAAAAUGUAUUUGAAUCUUGUUCACAUGCAAAUCAAGGAACUCUCUUCUUUUUGUCUUUGUCAGAGAAAUCACUUCCUCGUGGCAUCCACACUGGUGGCAUGAGAAUUUCUGAUGGUUGACUCUACCUGCAAAACCACCAGUCAGUGUGUGAUGUUUGAUUUUUUGGUGUGAUUACCUCAUUGCAGAGUUAAUGAAAUGCAUACAAUGUUGUAUGACAAGCUGUCUGACA